AUGGCUGAAAUUGAACCAGUAGGAAAAAAGCCAGAUAUCGGACCUAAUGAUUCGUUUAACUAUGAAAACACUACAAAUAGUGGUAACCGGAAUAAACGCACCUUACCAAUCUUUCUCGACCAUGAAAAUCGUUACGGUAAUGUGGAAUUUUUACUAUUACAAGGAGAAAAUAAUGCACCUCUGCCUAGCAAACCAUUUGUUAUUGGCAAAUCGGUCGAGAUUGCUGCUGGUGGGGCUAUAGCUGGGGCUACAUCUGAAUCUCGUGGAACAAAAUAUACGCUUGAGGUACGUGGUAAAUUUCAAGUAGAAAAGUUGCUGAAACUGAAAAAACUAAUUGAUGAUACGCCUGUUGAAGUGAUUUACCACCCCACUCGGAAUAUACGUCGCUGUGUAGUCACCUGCUGGGAUGUUGCCGAUGUUGACACCAUCGAAAUUUGCGAAAAUCUACGAGAACAAGGUGUAUUAAACGUAAAUAGAAUCACUCGUCGUACUCCAAAGGGUUUAAUGAACUCCGGCUCAAUGAUACUGACGAUGAAAGGAACUGUUCCACCGAACUUUGUGAAGUUUGGGCAAUUACGAAUACCAACACGUCUGUAUUACCCUUCUCCUAUGCUCUGCUAUAAAUGUUUCUCAUACGGUCAUACGAAAAUGCGCUGCACAGGUGAAGAAAAGUGCAAAAAUUGCUCUGAAACACACGAGAACACAGAAACAUGUGGGAAACCUGCUUACUGUGGUAAUUGUAAACUUAACCACCAACCGAUAAGUCGCGAGUGCCCGGUGUAUUGUGUUGAGAAAGAAAUAAUCAAAAUUAAAAUCGAUGAAGGGUUAUCAUAUAACGAAGCCAAAGACGCACACAAGUCAAGAGUAACAACAUCCAAAGGUACGUUCUCCAAUACUGUACAACAGAGGCUAAUCAACCCGCAGAUUGAAGAACUCACUAAGCUUGCUAAACAACGUGAAGACGAGCGCAAAAAAAUUCUCGAAGAAAACGAGGAUAUGCGAAAGCAGAUAUCAAAGCUACAACAAGCACUGAAAAGAACCAUGGAAAAACAGAAAAAACUAAGCGAACAACUCAGACAACAAAUAAGCGAAGAAAAACAUACACAAAAAUCGAAAUACCUGGCAGCUCCAUCCAAAAAUUAA